UCUGAUUUGGAGAAGCUCCGCCAGUUUUAUUAUAAAUUUUGAAGACCUUCAGCCAGUUAUUUUAUUCGUGUCUUUGCCUUCUAGCCAACAACACAUUAGAUCUGUGAUUGAUCAUAAUACUUGUGCUGUAAACUUCCUCCACACUUUGUUUCGUAUAAAUAUUAGGAAGAUUCGAAAGAGUAAUCAUUAAUAACUACUGCUGAAAGUGGCUCAUACACCGACCACGUCCAUCGUUCAAAAUUGCAUAAAUGUUAAAGAAGGCUUGAAGCUUUCGAAGAACUUUGAAGGAAACAUCUAAAAGAAAAUUUUGGACAAAACAACAAAAGCGUUUAUUUUCACAACAACUUUACUUGCCUCCUACUCCAAAUCCAGAGCUAUGACUCGAUGAGACAGCAAAAAUAUGUCUUCAACCAGGUUUUUGAAGAAACUCCGCGCCUGUUACGGCAUAAGAAGAAGUAUAGCGAAAUUAGCCUGAUUUGUGGAUCAAACAUUCGAGCAGGUCUUUGGUGCGUUUCAAAAAUUUCGAUAGAGUCUGGCACUUCCCAACUAAUUUCGCAUCUUUAUAUCCAUCGGCACAAAUUUUCAAUGAAAUGUCAGCGGGUCAUCCUAAUUAUACGUUUUAGUCUCAUUUGGAUUUUGUGGUUCGGUCUUGAUAUGCAUCGUUAGACUAUACGUUCCUUUUGUGCCAGCGUCUACAGGAUAUGUACUUCUAACAUACCAAUAUACGUAUUUCGAUAACAGUUGUUGGGGUAUACCUGCUACUCCCAGUAUUUGCUGCCUUGCAUCGAUAUCUUACUUCAACAAAAUAGUGGUCACUGCCGCCAUUUGCCCCGUAGCAUGAACGUAUGCAAGGAUGCUGCAUCCACGCAAUGAGGUCUGCAUUCCAAUUUCUACAAUGAUCAUUCAAAAGAACAAUAAUGACAUUCCCGAGUACCUCGACGAACAGUUUUUCAAAGGGGUUCUAACGAACCAAACUGGAUCUGAAGAUGUCAAAUUAUUUAGCCUGGAUUUCUCAAUGGGAAGCAGUCCUGGUGAAAAUUAUUUUAGCUUUAUUUACCGCGUUCAAGUUGUUUAUACCCUAAAAGGAUCGGGAAACAUCGAAACAAACUUCAUUGUGAAAAGUAUUCCCCUGGACGGAGCAAGGGAAGCUUUUGUAGAGUUCGACAUUUUCAACAGUGAGAAAGUAAUGUAUUUCGACAUCUUACCACGAAUUGAGAAUUGUCUAGAUAACAUGAAAAUUGCACCAAAGUGCUACUAUGUCACGAGCAACCCAAUCGCAACCAUGGUCUUAGAAGACAUGAAAGUGCCGGGAUACAGGAUAGCAGAUCGGGUGAAAGGCCUGGACCUUGAUCACAGCAAAAUUAUUUUAACGAAACUAGCGCAGUAUCACGCUGGUGGCAUGUUACUUCUGGAAAAAGAACCUUCGUUGGCCACAUCUGCACAAUUAAAGCGAGGAAUAUUCUCAUCAGUUAGUUUAGGACCAAACAAUAUAGGAAAGCUAUUAUAUAUGAACGCUUCAAGGCUUAUCGGACAUGCAUCAAAAUGGCACGGCUAUGAAAAAAUCAUGGACAAACUGCAAUACUGCUAUAAAAAUGAAACUCUAGUAGAUAAGAUUCUCGAUACAAUCCGACCAUCACAAAAUGAUAUACUAACAAUCUGCCAUGGAGAUUGUUGGGUAAACAACUUCCUGUUUAAAUACAAUGAGGAUUCGCCAAUUGAUGCUGUUUUCGUUGAUUUCCAAGGAAGCAUGCGUGGGAGUAUAGGACUUGACAUUAACUACUUUUUCGCCAGCAGCCUGCAAAUAGAUAUCUUACGUAACAAUAGAGAUCAACUUAUUGAAGAGGCUUACUACCCUGCCUUCCGUGCAGCUCUAGAAAGAGGCUUUUAUAAGAACAUUCCCACAGUUCAAAAUGUCAAAGAUGAAAUUAAAAGGAAAGCCAUGUUUGGAUUUUUUAGCUCAAUCCUGGUCUUACCUACAAUUGCAGUGAAUAAAGAAGUCUCAGCUCAGAAUACUGCUGAAACGUCUAAAGAUGAAGAAAAAGCAAAAAAAAUUGGAGACCUCUCUUGCUCAUCAGAGCGAUUCUUAGAAAGUCAAAAAAUUUUGUUGAAGGAAUACGAUAGUUAUGGAUUGUUUGAUUAAUAGUAUUGUUUGACUAACAGACUUUAUUAACAAGUGUUACAGAUUGACAAAUUUCAUUCAGUAUUUGUACCAUUUGGCUUGAGUCACAUACAAAUUGAUAAAUUGCCAAUAAAUGUUUAAAAAUUGAA